ACAGCAAAGCACGCCCUACUACCACACCACAAGCAGAAGCUAGCACAACAAGAUCAGCACAAUGGCAAUGCAGACGCAAACACCAUCCAUGUCAACUCCCAUGAUCCUCCUCCUGGCGCUCCUCUGCCUCUCAGCGGCCGCCCGAUCAGCCCACGCCCAAACACCCGCAGCGACCGCUCCGGCACCGGCAACGGCGGCGGCAACCCCGAAGACGAUCAAGGCAGUCCUCACCAAAGCCGGCCAGUUCACCAAGUUCCUGCAGCUGCUCCAAUCAACGCAGGAGGACUCGCAGAUCGACAACCAGCUAAAAGGCAAGUCCUCCUCAGGCGGGCUCACAGUCUUCGCGCCGCCCGACAACGCCUUCUCGGCGCUCAAAUCGGGCACCCUCAACGCGCUGUCGGACGCCCAGAAGACCUCCCUGGUGCAGUUCCACGUGGUGUCGCAGCUGAUCCCCAUGGCGCAGUUCGACACGGCCAGCAACCCGCUGCGCACGCAGGCCGGGGAGACCCGCCCCGGGAAGUACCCGCUCAACGUCACCGCCGAUGGGCAGCAGGUGAAUAUCUCCACCGGGGUCGUGAACGCGAGUGUUUCGGGCACGGUUUAUACUGGGGAUCGGCUCGUGGUUUACCAGGUGGAUAAGGUGCUGUUGCCGUGGGCGCUCUAUGGGCCGGCCCUGCCGCCCGCGCCCGCGCCGUCGCCCGUGGAGAAGGAGAAGGAGAAGGGGAAGGUUGGGCCUAAGGCGGCGGCUGAUGCGCCGGCCGCGGAUGCGGCCACGGCGUCGGAGGCGGCGGUGCCGGCGCGGCCCGGGGGGGUGUGGGGGCAAGGUGGUGUCUUUGGGGUGGCUGUCGCCGUGGCGGCGGCGUGGUUUGUCGUGUGACGACCGGACUAGGUGUCAAUGCCAUGCAAGUGUUCCCCCUUUCUUUUCGUCGGCAGGUGCUCAAUUCGUCUGAGUAUUUUUUUUUUCUAAGUUUUCAUUCGGUGUGGUGUUCUGUAACGUUGGUUGAUUGCUGUGUUCUGUAUGUAUGUCUCUGUGUUUCAAGGUAGCAACAACAUUGUUGAGUGCUUGUACAUUAAUUGAGGUGGUUUUGUUUUGCUC